AUGUCUCCGAUCAACAAAGGAGUUGUAAUCUUGGCUCUGUUUCUAACGUUGACCAUGGUAGUCAACGGGUUUUCAUCGAGAUUCUUCGUGGAGAAGAGCAGCGUCACCGUCCUUAACUCCUGGUCAAUGGGAGCUAAGCAUGACGCAGCCAUCGCUGAUUUUGGCCUCCCAAACUACGGCGGUUUCAUGAUCGGCUCCGUCGUGUACGCAGGCCAAGGAUGCGAUUCCUUCAACAAAACCUUGAAGCACAAGUCUCCUUAUCCGACCAUCCUCCUCAUUGACCGUGGAGUGUGUAGCUUUGCUUUGAAGAUAUGGAACGGGCAAAAAUCCGGUGUAGCGUCUGUUCUAAUAGCUGAUAACAUUGUUGAGCCAUUGAUAACAAUGGAUUCACCAGAGGAAACCCAGGGUGAAGAUCCCGACUUUAUAGACAAAAUCAAGAUCCCUUCGGCUUUGAUCCUUCGUUCUUUCGGCGAUAGCCUCAAGAAAGCUCUUAAUAGAGGGGAAGAAGUAAUCUUGAAGAUAGACUGGAGUGAGUCCAUACCAAACCCUGAUGAGAGAGUUGAGUAUGAGCUAUGGUCUAACACUAAUGAUGAAUGUGGUGUACACUGCAAUGAACAAAUGACUUUCAUAAAGAACUUCAAGGGAACGGCUCAGAUUCUCGAAAAAGGUGGUUACACUUUGUUCACACCUCAUUACAUUGCUUGGUUCUGUCCCAAGGAGCUUAGACUUAGCAGACAGUGUAAGACUCAGUGUAUUAACCAAGGGAGGUAUUGUGCACCUGACCCUGAGAAAAACUUUGAAGAUGGAUAUAAUGGGAAAGACGUCGUUUACGAGAAUCUGCGACAGUUAUGUGUUCAUAAAGUAGCUAAGGAGAAGAACAGUUCUUGGGUUUGGUGGGAUUAUGUGACAGACUUUAACAUCAGGUGUUCUAUGAAGGAGAAGAAAUACAGCAAAGAAUGCGCGGAUAAUGUCGUAAAAUCUCUCGGUUUGUCUCUUGAGAAGGUCAAGAAAUGUAUCGGUGAUCCUGAUGCUGAUGUAGAGAAUGAAGUUCUUAAAGCCGAGGAAGCUUUUCAGUUAGGCCAAGAGAAUCGCGGGGUUAUCACUAUAUUUCCAACAUUGAUCAUCAACAAUGCUCAAUAUCGCGGUAAAUUGGAGAGAAUCGCGGUGUUGAAGGCUAUAUGCUCAGGAUUCAAGGAGAGAACCGAACCUUCAAUAUGUUUAAAUGCAGAUAUGGAGACCAACGAAUGUCUUGAAGCAAAUGGAGGAUGUUGGCAAGAUAAAAUAUCUAAUGUAACGGCUUGCAAGGACACAUAUAGGGGAAGGGUAUGUGAGUGCCCUGUUGUCAAUGGUGUUCAAUAUAAAGGAAAUGGUUAUAUCUCCUGCAAGCCUUAUGGACCUUCGAGAUGUUCGAUAAACAAUGGAAGUUGUUGGUCUGAAACCAGGAAGGAUCUAACUUUCUCCGCUUGUUCGAAUUCAGAGACAUCAGGAUGUCGUUGCCCUCUAGGCUUCCAAGGAGAUGGUCUGAAAUGUGAAGACAUUGAUGAAUGCAAAGAGCAAUCAGCUUGUCAAUGUAAUGGUUGCAAAUGCAAGAACAAUUGGGGAGGAUAUGAAUGCAAAUGCUCCAAUAAUAGUCUUUAUAUGAAAGAACAAGACACUUGUAUAGAGAGAAGAAGUGGAUCAAGAAGCAGAUGGUUGUUCACAGUUGUGGUUCUAAUCGCCAUUGCAGGCAUUUCUUUAGCUUCUUAUAUGUUCUACAAGUACCAUAUUCAGUCUUACAUGGAUUCAGAGAUCGUGUCUAUAAUGUCUCAGUACAUACCACUCGAAAGCCAAAACAUUAAUGAAGACUCCAAAGCAAAUAACAACUCUGGUCGUCUGUAA